GGUGAUGCCGUGUGCCGCAGGGACCACGAUGGCGUGGUCUGCGUGGGUGCCUCCCGUGUUCGCCACCCUCCUGCCGCACAUGGGCGGCAUUGCGGGCGGCGUGCUCACGCGCAGCGAGAUCAAGGGCUGGUACGAAGGCCUCAAGAAGCCGGAGUGGCGGCCGCCCAACCGGGCCUUCCCCGUGGUGUGGCCGCUGCUGUACACCGGCAUGGGGUACGCGUCGUACCUGGUGUGGCGUGACCUCGGGGGCUUCACCAGCGACGCCGUGACCCCGCUGGGCCUCUACGGGGCGCAGCUGGCUCUCAACUGGAUGUGGACCCCGAUCUUCUUCAAGGCUCACCGCAUGGGCUUGGCUUUUGCCGAGAUCCUGUUGCUCUCUGGCACGGCGGCGGCAACCGCCGUCAGCUGGUACCCCAUCAACAAGACGGCCGCCAUGCUCAUGGUGCCCUACCUGGCGUGGUUGAGCUUCGCCGCCGCGCUGAACUACCGGGUGUGGCAGGACAACAAGGGGGACGGGGAGGGCGAGAAGAAGGAAGGAUGAUGGCUCGCAGCGUGUCCGCAAGGCGCUCGCUUGCUCGAUUGUUGGGAGGCGAGAGCCACUGGAGCUGAUUGUUGUUCUUGUUGUUGCUGUUGUUGUUGCUGAGUCUGUCGUCCUAAACCCUGCGGCUUGCGAUCAUCGCACGAUGUAGUAUACUAGACUAUACACUACACUAUACACUACACUACUAUACAUUACACUAUACACUACACUACUGUACACUACACUACUAUACACUACACUACUAUACACUACACUAUACACUACACUAUACACUACACACACUAUACACUACACUAUACACUACACUACUAUACACUACACUAUACACUACACUAUACACUACACUACUAUACACUACACUACUACACACUACACUACUAUACACUACACUACUAUACACUACACUAUACACUACACUAUACACUACACACACUCCACUAUUAUACACUACACUAUACACUACACACACUACACUAUAUACUACUACACACAGCGCUAUACACUACUAUACACUACACUAUACACAGCGCUAUACACUACACUAUAAAAUACACUACACUAUACACUACACACACUACACUAUAUACUACUACACACAGCGCUAUACACUACUAUACACUACACUAUACACAGCGCUAUACACUACACUAUACACUUAUAUACACUACACUAUACACUACUAUACACAGCGCUAUACACUACACUACACUACUCCACACUACACUAUACACUUAUAUACACUACACUAUACACAGCGCUAUACACUACACUACACUACUCCACACUACACUAUACACUUAUAUACACUACACUAUACACUACUACACACAGCGCUAUACACUACACUAUACACUACACUAUACACUACUAUACACUACACUAUACACUACUAUACACUACACUAUACACUACACACUACACUAUACUACUACACACAGCGCUACACACGACUAUACCCCACCCCGCUAUAACUCGACAGCGCUGUACUCAGUUGAAAAAUGUCUCAAUAAAAAUUUCUUGAGAACUCA